AUGGCUUCGGGCGCCGGUAAGGCUGCUCAGUCCCCCGGGUCGGGCUCCGGCAGCCUGAACGGAACUGCGGCAGAGUUCCCCAACAUCGAGCAGGAGCUCUACGACUACCAGAUGCACGGCAAGAUGUGCAAGAAGAUCGCUCAGCUCACCAAGGUGAUUUAUUCUCUGAAUAUGAGGAACGAGGAACAAGAGGCAGCCUUGCAGGCCUUAAGCCACGCCCACCACGACGAGCUGCACCGUAUCCUGAUGGAGACGUGCCACGAGGGGGAGGGGUCAGCGCUGAGGACACGCCUCCUCGAGCUGCAGGAGUCUCUGGAUGAGCAGCAGCGAGUUGGUGCCCAGGUUCAGGCUGACUUCGAGUUCUUCCGCAUCCAGGCGGAGGAAAGGGAGCGCGAGACUGAAGCGGAGCUGAGAAAAGAGUUUGAGGAGAAGCUCCAGGUUGCAGAGGAGGCGCUCCAGGAGGCCAAAACUGAGCUCAGUGCUGCGCAGGAGGAGAACCUGAGGCUGGGCAAAGACCUGGAGCGAGUUGGGGAGCAGAUCCAGGAGCUGAACGCCAGAUGUGAGGAUCUUCGGGAAGCAGCCGACGAGGAGGAACGGAGGAAACUGGACGAGAGGCAGCGAGAAGAUGAGGAGAAGGAGAAAGAGGAGGAGGAGAGAAGGACAGAAAAGAACGGGGACCUGGAAAGAGAGAAAGCUCUCCUGGAGGAGCUGAAGGUACUGAGGGAGGAGCGCGAGCAAGCAGAGGAGGAGAAGAGGCGAGCUGUCAAAGAGGAGCGGGAGCAGUGGGAGCAGAAGCUGAUCGAUCUAACCGAGGAGGAGGAGGACACGAGGAAGAAGAUAGAGGCUGCGUGGCGGGAGGAGCGGCGGAGAUGGGAGGAGAGGGAGGAGGAGGAGAAGAAAGGGAUGCACAGCGCCCUGCGAGAACGAGUGAAGAGGGCUGAAGCGGAGGUAGAGAGCCACUUAGAGAGGCUGGCUGAGAACAAGAGGAGCACGGUGAAACUUCAGGAGCGAAUCCAGGAUUUGGAGGAGGAGCUGGAGCUGGAUCGAAAGUGCGUGCUGGAGGCGGAGGGCGUGGCUAAACGGGCAGAGGAGGAGCUAGCGGUCGCCAAGGAGAGGCUGCUGCUGCAGGAGGACGAGCUGCAGAGCAGAGCAGAGGAGCUGCUGAAUCACGGCGGCUGUGAAGUGUGUGUUUGUGCCGAGCUGGAGGAGCUGAAGAGUCAGGUGGCUCGUCUGCAGAGCAGGAACAGAGAGCUGGAGCUGCAGAGCAGCGGCCGAAACAGCGACCACGCCCGGCAGAUCCGACAGCACGCUGAGGCCCUGUCCAGUUUGCGCUCCGAGAUGGUGAGAGCACAGACGGAGGAGCUGCGCCGCGUCCAGAAGCACGCCGACGACGAGAGGGACAGGCUGCUGAAGGAGACCGAGGAGGAGAGGGACAACCUGCAGAGGGAGAAGGAGCAGCUCGAGAAGGACAGGAGCAGACUGCGCGGAGAAAGAGACGAGGAGAAGGAGGCGCUGCACAAGGAGGUGGAGGAGCUCAAGGUGCGCGUGAGGAGAGAGAAGGAGGAGGAGGUGGAUCGGAUGUGCAAAGAGCUGGAGGUGGAGAGGGUCCGGGUCCGCUCCCAGCUCUACAAGAACAUGGAGCAGGUGGAGACGGAGCGAGCCAACGUCCAGCAGAAGCUGGAGGAGGAGAAGAGGAGGCUGGUGGAGAAGGCGGAGGAGGACAGGAAGCGGCUGAAGGAGCAGGUGCGGAAGGCCAUAGAGGAGGUGAUGAGGAGGCACGCGGCUGAACUCAACAGCGUCCAGGAGGCUCUGAGCUCGGAGAGGAAGACCAACCAGGAGGUGUGUGCACGUUUGGAAGAGGAGCGGAGAGCUGCUGAGGAGCUGCGCAGUGGGCUGGAGAAGGAAAGAGAGAAGCUGAGGAUGAAGCUUAAGGACGCCUCCUCCGAGGUCUGUAGGUUGGAGGUCGUGAUCCAGCAGAACGACAAAAAGGAAAAAGUGGCCUCCGAGGUGGCGCCGUCGUGCGAGGCGCAGUGCUCCCGUCUGGAGGAGGAGCUCCAUCAGGCCCGGAGUCGACUGGCUCGAGUCCAGGAGGAGGCGGAGAGGCAGCGGGACAGACAACAGAAGGAGAUCUCGUCCCUGAGGGCUGACAAGCACCGGCUGGAGGAGAAGGUCCUGGAGCAGAGCCGGAUGAACACGGAGAGGAGUCUGCUGGAGCAGAACCAGAGGCAGACGGAGGAGCGGAUCAGAGUCGAGUGCGAGGAUCGCCUCAGAGCGGAGUUCAGGAUCGAGAUGAACGCCGCCGUCGCUGAGAGCGAGCAGAGGUGGCAGGACCGAGAAGAGGAGCUGCAGAGCCAAACGUCGGAGCUGCAGGCUCAGCUGACGGAGCUGCAGGCACAGCUGGAUAAAAAGAAGGCGGGACAAGGAGACGAUUGCCACGGCAACCCUGAAAUUGACAGAUUGAGAAAGGAGGUUCAAGAAACCAAGGAGAUAAAUAAGAAACUAAGGGAUCUGCUGCAGGAGCCUCAGACCCAGUCUCUGGCGGAGGAGAGACACAAUCAUGCCGCAGCGCUGCAGGCGCUGGAGAGGCAGGCGAAGGAAGAUCUGCUCUCUGAGAUCAACAGACUUAAGACAAUGCACCACCUGGAGCUCGGUAACACACACACACACCAGAUAGAGGACCUCCAGGCCCAGCUACAAGCGCACACACAGAUGAUGGCUCUGCAACAAGACCUGAAGCAGCAGAACCAGAACCAGGUGUUUGAGCGGCAGCUGGACGAGAGUCGCUGCGCCAUGCUGGAGCUGCAGAGAGAAAACGCAGCGCUGAAGAAACAACUCAAGGAGCGAUCGGUGCAGAAGAAUUCAGAGGUGGAGGAGAAGGAGGAGGAGAGCACAGAUGUGAGGAAGACGAGAGACGCUCAGCUGGAGGAGGAAGCACAGCGCCUGAAGGAGGAGGUGGAGAAACUGAGGGUGGAGAUGGAGAAACUGGAGGAGUCCCAGAAACACUGGGAGGACAGGAAAGAUGACGACAUCAAGGAAGAGGAGGUGGACGAGGAGAAGAAGAAAGAACGGGAGGAGGAGAAGAGGAGAGAGGAGGUGGAGGAGCUCAGGAGGGAGCACAAGAGGGAGAUGCAGAGUUUGAUUUCGGAGUACAGCAGCGCCCAGAACCACCUGCAGGCUCGGAUCGUGGCUCUGGAGAACGAGCUGCGUGAGCGGGAGGAGCGGUGCAGGAGGAGGGAGCCUCCAUGUGACGACCCGCAGCUGGGGAGACUUCAGGAGCGGCUGAUGGAGCGAGACCAGCUCAUCAAACGACUGGUGGAAGAGAGGCAUCAGCUGCAGCUUCACCCCCCUGUUGCCGGGGACAACAGCUCCCUCAGGCCUCGUGACAACAAGUCCCGCCCCGGGAGUGUCACGCCAACCAUGAGGAAAAAGGAAGUCGAGUCGCCUCCACGUGUCACCAGCAUCCCCUGCGCUUCUAUCUACGACAGGAACAUCUUCCCCCAUUCCUCCUCCUCCUCCUCCCAUCCACACUCCUCAACUCUCCCCCAUCAGUCCAGCUCCCACCCUCAUUCCUCUUCUCACUACUCCACCUCCUCUCUUCCACACAAGCACACCUCCCUCUCCCUGAGCCAACAUUCCUCUCCCACCAUCCCUCGGUCCACCAGAUCCCGGACGUCCUGCAUCCCCCCCACCCCGGCGCCGACUGCUCCUCUCCCCGUCUGCCCAUCGCCGCAGACGGGCAUCCGAUACGUGUCCCCCUCCUGCCAGGAUCCACACACACACUUCCAAGGCCAUUCGAUCAGGGGUCCGUAUCUGGAGCUGAGGGGGACAGAAGGGCUGAAGCAGGAGUGGUUCACCAAAUACUUCUCCUUCUGAGCACAAAUACAUGCAAAAAAACACAACUGCUGCAAGUGCAUCUCAUAUACAGCUCAUUGCUUCCUGUACAAACUGCUUCUAACAGAAACAAACUUUUUAAAGCACAGAGACAUGAGCACGACAACACAGUAUUUAUGGGCUCAUCACCAGCAAGGCCAUCUCAAACAUUGCCUCAAAGUUCAACCAAAAAGUGCUUCUCAACACAUGCCUGACCUCUUCUGAGAACAUGAGUCUGCCGGGUCUUAUUUAUACAGUUUGAAAUCUCUUGUGCUUCUUUUUAUAAGGCAGUCUUCCUUUUUUUAAACACUGCUGUUUCUCUAACCCCAUCACAGAGUUACUCCAAGCAAGUGAACUGUUUUUUUUUUUUAAUCAA